AUGAAUCAUUUUGCUUUGGUCAUGUGCUUCAUCUGCCAGUCUCCAGCUGCGGGAGCAGGAAGUAUAGCCUUUUGUUUUGUUCACCCGAUGACAUGAAGCGCCUGAUCUCAUGGCUGCACAGACCUGCCAGCCGGCAGUGAAGCGAUGGACGCGGAGGGCGAGGCGCCGCUCUUCCCCACCCUCUCUCCAGCCAUCUCCUUUGUGAAGCUGGGCCUGACAGUCGCCUACACCGUCUUUUACUCGCUGCUCUUCGCGUUUGUCUGCGUUCAGCUCCUGUUGAUUCUGCACUAUCGGCACAAGAGGCUGAGCUACCAAACCGUGUUUCUCUUCCUCUGCUUGAUCUGGGCUGCCCUGAGGACCAUCCUUUUCUCGUUUUAUUUCGAGGAUUUUGCGCCAGCCAACUCGCUCGGUCCCUUCCCUUACUGGCUGCUGUACUGUUUCCCAGUCUGCCUCCAGUUCUUCAGUUUAAGCUUGAUGAACCUGUACUUCACGCAGGUGAUUUUCAAAGCAAAAUCCAAGUACUACCCAGAACUUCAAAAAUACAGGCUCCCCCUUCAGCUGGUUUUCCUGUUGGCCAGUCUCCUGUUCUUUGUGGUCAACUUAACAUGCGCCGUGCUGGUGAAGAUGACACACUCUGACACCAGGACCAUUGUGUUUGUCCGCGUGGCCGUCAACGACACGCUCUUCGUGCUGUGCGCAGUCACCCUCUCCAUCAGCCUGUACAAGAUGGCAAAAAUGUCCCUGGCCAACAUAUACUUAGAAUCUAAGGGAACAUCAUUGUGUCAGGUUGCAGUGGUGGGAUUGGUAAUUAUAUUACUGUACACAUCGAGGGCCUGCUACAACCUGGUCGCUAUCACACUCACCUCCUACAACCACGUGAAGAUGUUUGAUUAUGACUGGUAUAACGUAUCUGAUCAGGCAGAUCUACAUAUUCAACUGGGGGAUAAACAAUAUUUGGUGUUUGGGGUGAUCCUAUUAAUCUGGGAACUGCUUCCCACCACUCUGGUCGUCCUGUUCUUUCGUGUAAGGAGACCCACGCAAAGUCUGAUGGAUAACGGAAUACCUUGCAGACGUGGAUUCUCUCCCAAAGCGUUUUUCUUUGAUAAUCCUCGGCGCAAUGACAGUGGAGAUGAUUUGGCCUGGAAUGCAGUUUCCUACAGUGCAUUCAGCAGCACAGCAGAUCAAUAUGGAUCUAGGAACCAAAGCUAUGAGGACUUUACUUCACAUGAUCACGUGCCAAUAGUUGCAGAGGUCCAUCUGUACAACUCCACCCCUUCAAGCAUGAUCUGAAGAUAAAGUGUUCAAGAAGGAACUGCAGAUCAUCACUUUUGAGAAGCGAAUUGCUCACACUAUACAGUACUUAUCAGAUAUUGCAGAAAUGAGCUCCCACAAAAUGAGUGGUAAAGACAACUUAAAUUGGACAGUCUUACUGACAAUGUUACCUUUGUGAAUGUAAUUUUUCUUAAAGAUUCAGUUCAUUUUUCUGUGAUUAAUCAAUAUAGCUAUUAUGUGGAACUUUUAGAAUGGUGUCUGUGAAUAGUGCACAGCUCCCAUUAGAAUCAAUAAUCCAUCAAAUUAUAAUAAAUAUAACAUUUUUCCAUC